AGGGGCCUGAAGGGCAAAAAUAGCUGAGCUUAGAAGCAAGCAUGUCUUUGGAAGAGCCUACUUCUUCACCACCCCAAGUUCUUGUUACUGGAGCCUCUGGUUAUGUAGCAUCACAUCUUGUUCAACACUUGCUCGUUGGAGGUAAAGUUAAAGUACGAGGUACUGUACGUAGUCUGAAGAAUGAGUCCAAGAGUGCCCCAUUGAUGAAACUGGUACCAGAUGCAAAGUAUCCACUGGAACUAGUUGAAGCUGAUUUACUUAACGAGGAAUCAUGGAUAGAAGCAGUUAAGGGAUGUGACUAUGUGUAUCACGUAGCAUCACCAAUUAUUCGACUGGGAGCCACAGUUUCAGAUGAGCAGAAUGAGAUCAUAAAGCCAGCAGUAGAUGGUACACUGAAUGUACUUAAAGCUUGUGUUGCAGCUGGUACUGUCAAACGUGUCGUAAUCACCAGUUCGGUUGCUGCAGUUUCUGGUGGUUUUAUAGCUCCACGGGACACGCCAUACACUGAAGAGGAUUGGGUUGAUGAAUCGACAGUUCCUGCAUAUGAAAAGAGCAAGGCACUUGCAGAGAAAGCUGCAUGGGAUUUUGUAGGCAAACUUGAUGAAGACAAAAAAUUUGAGCUUGCAACAAUUAAUCCAUCUUUCAUUAUUGGUCCUCCAUUGACGCUUGCGACAUCAGAUGGGUUCUCUCUUGGUUCCGUUAAGAAAGUCUUUACAAAAAAGGUUCCUGCCAUUGUUCACGUUAGCAUGGCAAUGGUUGAUGUCCGUGAUGUUGCAGCUGCUCACAUUGCAGCAAUGGAGACUCCAGAAGCAGCAGGCCAGAGGUAUUGUGUCGACUCUGGUCGAAAUCUCUGGUGGAAGGAGGUAGCUGACAUUAUGACUGAAGAAUUUGGUCCUCAAGGUUACAAGCCGGCCUCUUUUGUAAUGCCUAAGAUUGGUGUUGGUAUUUUGAAGUUUUUUGAUGACACGUUGAAACGAGUGUAUCCAAUGAUUGGGAAAACGGUAACGUUCAACAGCGCAAAGAUGAGAUCCCAACUAGGCAUUGAACCACGGGAUCCUAAAAUAAGCAUCAUUGAUUCGUGCUAUGGAUUGAUUGAGAUUGGAGCUGUCGAGAAGACACCAUUGUAUAAAGGACGGACUGAUGAUGAAAGCAAAGGAGAUGCCAAGCAAGAAGAAAAGACUAAGGAAUAAAACAGCUGAUGGCUGUUUCAUUAAUAAAAAUUACAUUACGUCAUUUUAAAUU